CUCUGCUCUCUGGUGUCUAUCCUCAGUCGUGCUCAACUCUGGCCACCCAUGUCAACCAAAAGGAAAGCUGCAGCAGGGGGCGCAGCCGAGGGUAAUGGUAGCAAGCGUAAGGUGCGCUUUAGAGGCAAGGACGACAGCGAAGAAGAAGAAGGAAAUGGUUCCAGGAGAGGGCCGAACCGCCGCGUAACCGGUGGUUCCUCCAGCCGUGUACGCGGCAGGGACGAGGAGGAGGAGGAAGAAGAGGAGGAAGAGGAAGAGGAAGAGGAAGAGGAAGGGGGUGGUAGGAGGAAGAAAAGCCGGAGGAAGAAGAAGAAAAGGAAAGGGCGCGGCGGGUUUGAAGACGACGAGGACGAGGAGGACGAGGAGGACGUGGACCGGAUGGUGGAGAAGGUCCACGGGGAGGAAGAGGAGGAUGAGCACUACGAGCGGACCAACGAGGCCGGGGAUCCGAUCGAGCCGUUCAAUCUACGCAACGAGCGGGACAUGGGCUACUACGACACCAACGGAAACUUCGUCUGGAAGCAAGAAAAUGAUGAGCGGGAUGCCUGGUUAGCAGAGAUGGACGAAGAGGCGAUGGAAGAAGCUAUCGGAGCAGCCAGCACGAGGGCGCCCAAGCCGAGCGAGGGGGCAACAGGGGCGACGGGCGCCGCUGGUGGUGCAGUCGCCCCCCUGGGAGGGGGCGCCGCGGAAUCACUCUCCGUCAUGGGCACGGCAGAGAUGCGGGAAGCUCUGAUCCCGCUGCUGCUGGAAGACGAGACGGUAGUGCAGGCGUUGAGGCGACUAGGGGUCAAGAAACAAUCGCCAUCCGCUGCUGCAUCCGCAGCCUCUGCCGCUAGGGCUCGUCGUGCGAGUGACAAAAAGAAAGCGGCGGCGGCGGCGGCAGCAGCAGCAGGGGAGGAGUCGGGGGACCCUUCAGCCGCGGGAUCUGAGACAACGGCGGGAUCGAAGGCAGGCGAUGGUGACAAGGACAACAACAGCACCGCUGAGAACGGCGGCGCGGAGGCGGCCGGGGGAGGACAGAGUAGUCCUGCUGGGGCAGGGGCGGCGGCGGUAGAGAAGAAGCGGAGGGAGGACUUCGCGCGGCUGACGGAGCUCGCCGACGCGCUGCUCCAGGCGGGGCAGCACGAUGUGUACCAGCAGACCAAGGAGGACCUGGAGGAAGCGGCAGAGGUGGCAGCGGCGAAGGCGGCGAGGGCAGCGGCAACCUCAGCUUCCUAUUUCGGGGGGGGCAAUGGCCAACAGCAACAGCAGAUGAUGAUGAUGAUGCAAAUGCAGCAGCAACAGCAGUGGAUGCAGUUGCAGCAGCAGCAGCAGCAGCAGCAGAGUCAAUCCACAGGGGCUGAAGAAGAGAGCGCGUACUUCGAAUACCGUGGGAAGGACGGGAACGUGCAUGGGCCCUAUGGGGCGUCUCAGAUGCGGGGAUGGGCGCAGCAGGCGAGCAUGGGCUAUUUCGAUGGGGAGCAGGCGGUCAUGAUGCGACGAGUCCAGUCCAAGAAUGGCGAGGCUAUUGCUAGCACCAACGGCGGCACGUCCAAGCAGGCAGAGGGUACACCAGCACAAGAUGCCCCGACUUCGAAUGCCGAUCUCUUGGCGGAUCUGGAUGAUGACGAGGAAGUGGAGGAGAAGGACAAGAAGGAAGGGAAAGGAGAACCCGCCGCCAGCGGAGAAGGAGGAGACGCCUCUGGAGGAACCGGGAAAAUUAGUAGUCAGGAAGAAUGGGUCUUGUCCGAUAACAUAGACUGGACUUCGUUCUGACCUGGAUUAGACUUUGGUGAAGGAGGUGUGCACACUUGCUUGUCUGGUUCUCGAAUAGUCUGGAGUGUCGUCGUUUGGUGUUUGCCCUCUCGAGCAAGCUGGUUCGUUCAGUGGUUGGUGGCUUUUCCCGCCGGACGCCAACCUGGGGAAGAGCUACGCGGGUGUGUGCGGGCUGUAUUCGGGAGCACGCAGCCCGAGGGAGGAGGGACGGGGGCUUACCCGCUUGCCUUAGAGACGUGGCAUGACGUUAUUUGCCGGCGGUGGUUGUAUGAGGUUGUAAGAUAUAUCGCGGUGGCUGGGACUACUUCUAUUAUGGCUUUGCAACUUGCGAACGUCGCCGAAACACAGCUGUAACUUGGAAGCAGCAAUCAAUCAUUCUGAGG